AUGGCAGCACCUGCCAUCCAGUCUUCGGAAUACCUCGGAGGUCAAGAGUCGGGAAAGAAAAGAGAGCGCGAGGUCACUGACACCGAAGCUCAACAGGAGACGAAACGAAGGUCUGACAAAUCCAGGAAGCAAGUUCACUGGGAUCUGGCUCCGAUGCCUCCGUCUUCGGCUUAUUCGCAACCUCCUUCCUAUGUCUAUUCUAAACUCCCCAAUGGGGGCCGGUCCAAUCCAUUUCAACUGGCUCCAUUCCUCUGGGCUGGUACCGAAGAACCUCAGAGCUUGAAUGUCAAUGAGGACGCAUCGAUUGCACCAAACGGCACUGUACCACGGGCAGAGUGUGCAGACCAAUUCCGGCCCGAUACCACGGCCAAUACCUCGUUCAUUGCGCAGGCACUGGAAAGCGCGGACGUGAUACCCGCUGGGUGUCCGAUUAGCCAAGGUCCGGGAUACACUGAGCCCCCAUAUCCUUCUUACGCUGGGGACAACACGGGCCCAGGUUAUACGGCAGCAACUCUACCAACGGACGCUGGGCCCCCACCAAUCGCAGUCGACGUGUUCACCAGCAGCACGGUUGACUCAGGUGCAGGAUACAGUUUUGCUCCCCCUCCAAAUGUCAACCUGGAGGGGAACUACUCUGUUUCCUACUCGGCGACCGGCCCAUCCCCCGCCAUGGCUUGCCCAGUGAUGGCUCCUACGUUCGACAAUCAAGCCGUCGAGCAAGUGACGGCCCAGAGCUAUUCUCUUCCAUCUCCACCAGAGGGCUAUAUCCCACCUGGGAACACCGCACAACAACCAGCUGUGCGCUGGCUUCCACCACUGACGGGACAGUCCUACAACCUCCCGGUACAGCAAACAUCGGAUCCCUUCAACUGGCAGUCUAGCCAGCAGUGGGCGGCGUGGCCAGCAAGCUGCUGA